AUGUUCUACAACCCGGUACCGUCUCGUCUUCGGAGCAGCGUCCCGACGACGACCAAGGAACAAGCCGACCCCUUCGCCCUCCUCGACAUCCAUGACGCCACCGUUGGGCGGGACCUCUGCCUGGUUAUGCCUCUCGCCCAACCCAACGCCGCCUCAGAUCUGAUGGAGCGCAUCGGGAUCCAGGCUACUCUGGUGUGCACGUACUCCGGUGUGAGCAUUGGGUUCAUGGCCCCAGUUCUUGCGCAGCGAAGCCAGUGGAUGGCGCAUGGCGCGCUCGCGCCGGCAGCCGCAUGCUCUCGAUCUCCUUGA